CAUAGCGCACUCAGUGAGCGUUUGAAUGGUUAAUAUUUCAUGUGUGGCUUUUCGUUAGUACCUGAAGCUGCUCUUGAAUUUUUGAUCCUUACCUCCAAGUGCUGGUACCAUGGGCAUGGCACUAUCAUGUUCAGCUCAUUUAUGAUAUAUUAGUAGGCUAUUUACUAGUCAACACAAACUUUGGGAUAAAUUAAUAAAUGAAUUUGAGACAAGGGUUUCAUGCUGCCCAGGCUGGCUUCCAACAAUGUUGUUGAUGAUGAUUUUGAAUUCCUGAUUCUGACACCACCUUCCACUUGAGGUGCUGGGAUUACAGCAACGCGCCUUCACACCUGCCUCAGUUUUUACUUUUAAAGCCGGUCCUCCCCACCCCGCCCUCUCCUCAUCUCUUCUUUGGUAGCAUAGAGCGUGCGUAAAGUUGACGGAAAAGAGGCAUAACACGUUUUCUGAGAUCAGGCGUCUCGUGUGAAAAGGGAGCAUUUGGCAUUUACAGCAGAGUUGCUGCUGAGUCUCUGAUACAGAGCCCGGAGGAUAAAUCUGCAUUAUCACUAUUAUUAUUUUUGUCGCAACGGAAGUUGGAAACAAAAUGGAAGUGGCAGAAAAGAACAUACCGUGCGGCAGUGUGGUUGGAGGUAAUUUUGAAGAGGUUUGUCCAGAGAGGGUUAUUAGGUUUAAACCGCCAUUAUACAAACAACGGUACCAGUUCGUUAGAGAUUUAGUGGAUCGCCAUGAACCCAAGAAGGUUGCAGACCUGGGAUGUGGCGAUACCAAGCUCCUAAAGCUGCUAAAAAUCUAUCCAUGCAUUCAGCUGCUUGUUGGGAUAGAUAUCAAUGAAGAAAAAUUACAUUCAAAUGGGCAUUACUUGUCUCCCUACCUGGGGGAGUUUGUAAAACCCCGAGAUCUAGAUUUGACUGUCAUCUUGUAUCAUGGCUCUGUUGUGGAGAGAGACUCUCGCCUGCUUGGAUUCGAUUUGAUAACAUGCAUUGAAUUAAUAGAGCAUUUGAAUUCAGAUGACCUGGCCAAGUUUCCCGAAGUGGUCUUUGGAUACCUGUCGCCGUCCAUGGUUGUCAUCACCACACCAAAUGCUGAAUUCAACCCCCUGUUUCCCACAGUGUCCCUGAGGGAUGCAGAUCAUAAAUUCGAGUGGAGCAGAAAGGAGUUCCAGACCUGGGCUUCCCGAGUGGCAAACUGCUACAGUUAUUGUGUGGAGUUUACUGGGGUCGGGACACCCCCAGCUGGGUCUGAGCAUGUCGGAUAUUGUACCCAGAUAGGUGUCUUUAGGAAGAACAGCGGGAAGCUAGCUGAGUCCCGUGCUUCACAGCAGCAUGACCGGCAUGUGUACAAAGUUGUUUAUACAACCACCUACCCGAGUUUACAGCAGGAAAAGGUGCUCAAGUUUGUACUGGUCGGGGAGCUCCUGAUACAAGUGGAACGCUUGAGACUGAGACACCAGCGGAUGCUGAGGGAGCAGGAGAAGGAGCUGGGCCCUCAGCCAGGGCCCAUGGACUGCUCCCCAGCCCCUCACCUACUCUUGGGAGCUGUAUUCACAGAGGCUGAAAAGGCCAGGAUAGAAAAUACUCCCCAGCCCUUCUGUGAAGGAGAGAAGUUUUUCAUACCCCUGAGGAGACUGCUCGCUUAUCCCAAGCUGCAGCUCUUGUGUACUGACGAAGAGAGGAUGCGGUCCCUCAUUGCUGACUCGGUGUCCCUAAGCAGCGACGGUUCUGCAGUCGUGGUUGACCUGCACAAUUCUUGGGAUUAUCAGCCUGAAGAUAAUUGAGCCAUCUGAAUUUUCCAAAGCUCAGAGUCAUGCUGAGAGUUGAGUUGUCUUGGAAUUCAAACUUUUUUUUUUUUUUUUUGUGGUGCUGGGAAUUGAACCCUGGGCCAUUUGCAUGGUAAGCAAGCACUUUGACACUCAGCUACGUCCUCAGCCCUGGGAUUUAAACUUUGCACAGUCAUAAUUCAAGUACUACUUUGAAAGUUUUAAUACAAAUCGGGUCCUGAACUGGUUGACAGACGUCCCUGGCGUAGACUGCUCUUCGCUGAGAAAGGGUUCAACUGGAAGGAGCUGCUUUCUUUAAACAUUGGGUUUUUAUUUUCCAUUUGGUGUUUACAAGAACAUUGGGUGUGGCCAUGUGUUAGUUUUAUCCUCUCCCAGUUUUGGUGUUAGAGCCAUAUGUUGAAUGUGACAUUAAAACAUUUAAAUGCAAUCAAAGCCACUUGAGAACCUUAGAGGCCCUUACCUAAAAUCCUAGCACCUGGAUGGAGGACACAAGAGGAUCAUGGGUUUGAGGCCAGCCUAGACUGCAUGGUGAGAUCUCAGAAACAAAACCAGUUCCUCUGCCCAACUUUUCCCAGGGGUGAUGUAGCUUUAAAAUCUAGGAUUAUCCUUUUACUUUUCAAAAGUAUGUUAGAUGAGAAAGGAACAUGGCUGGUUUUUGAAGGGUAUAGAAAUCUGCAGUGAUCACUGUCCGCAUUUAUGGUGUGUGUGUGUGUGUGUGUGUGUGUGUGUGUGUGUGUGGUGCUAGAGGUUGAACCCCAGAGCUUUGCACAUUUAGGUAAGGGCUCUACCAUUGAGCUACAUCCUCACGCACUUAUGAAUACCCUCCCAAAGUUUUCUGACAGGCGUUGGGGUGGGAAUAGCUGCAGAGAGAGAGAAAUGUGGCUUUGUUUAAGGAAAGAGAAAAGGGGCUCCAAGGGGAUAUUCUUGUGUGCUGCAUGGAAGUCCAGAGGUGUGUCAGCCAGGCAUGGCUGCUCCCCCGUGUCAGAGUCCCUGAUGUCCAUCUUGGUAACUGUGGCGGAGACGGUGGACUAGCCUGGGGUUCCCACUUGCAUAGCCCACACUAGCAGAAAGAAAGUGAGGAGGAGCUCCUUAGCUGCCCGGUGUGCUUUGUGGCUUGUCGCUAAGCAACACUGCUGCCACUUCCUGUGUGACAGUAAAGGAAGUUGAGAAGUGAUAUUCUAAGAAGCCACAUGCAUACUCAGUCACCUCCUAAGGAACCAGAAAAAGUUGGACAUGUUGACACACAGCCUGUGCCACUCAGAUUGUGGUGACCUCCCUGGGGCUUAGUCUGGAACUGUUCUGUGGCUGCAGAGUUGGCCCCUGGGCAAGAGCUCUGUGGACACUUAUCCUUAAGCUGAGUCUUCAAGGGUUAAUCAUCAUUGGAUUUGGUGAGAAUGUUUUCAUUAGAAAAAUCAAUCCUAUAGGUACUGCCAGCCAGAUGCCAUCUUUGAAUCUUCUAGACUAACCCACCAGAUUUCCACGUGCCUCAGGUGCUCAUAGGUGUACACGACCUUAGAGGUGUGCGUUCCUUUCCAUUCACCUUUCCAUGUCUGUGCCCAAGGUUUUCCUCAGCGUUCCCUGCCCAUCAUGGCUUUUUUGCUGACGUCACGUCUUCUAGCCAUGGUAAAGCCCUCGAUCGUAUCUUCAGAGUUAGUCCGUCAGUCCCCUUGAGGCUUGAUAACCCCUUACCCACAAACCCUUUAUGUGCUUAUGACUGCUAUGCGGACGAGAACAGCUCUCUCGUAGGUCUGCACCCCUCCCUCUCCCCCAGAGCUUUACCACUGAGCCACACUUCAGCCUUUGGCUUGCUCUUCCCAGCUUUGAUAAAUGCCUGCCUUUGCACAUUGAAAGGCUUAGUCUGUAGCCAUCGGCUCUUUUCUCUUUCCUUUGAUACUGGGACUGCACCCAAGGGCUCUGUGUGUGCACUGCAGAUGCUCUACCCCUGAGCCCAGCACAGGCCCUUGUUUCUGAAGCCACACAAGGGAUGAUCCUUCUAAAGAGUGAGGACACUAGAGACGGCAACCCCUACUGCUAUGAUCGUAGAAUGCAAGCCGGGUGCAGUGGGGUGUUGCCUGCAAUGCUAGCUCUUGGGAAGUGGAGACAAAGAGGUUCCGAAGUUCAGAGUCAUCCUCGACUCCAUAGUGAGUUUGCAGCCACUCUGGGUUACCCGAGGCCUUGUCUCAAGAAAAACAAAAGCCCAAAAAUAACAAUAAAAACCAAAUGCAGAGAACAAUCAGGCUUGCUAGGGGAGUUUUGUCCCAAUUCUGUGUAAAAUGAGGUGUAAUAGCCACAGUGGGAAGCUCUUAUACAUGCUGAUGAGAAAGUGUUGUGGUAGUUAGAAAUCAAAAUUAUUUUUCAGCCUGAAUGGCCAAGCACCUGACAGCCUUCUAGAAACAGAACAGUGCAAACACACAACCUCACACUACCCCGGUGUCCUCUGCUCUCCACAGAGCGACUUUACUUUGCUCCUAACCAGACACAGGCACACAGACACACACAGACACUGCAGAAUGGAGAUUGCCGAAACCGUGUCCCCUCCAGGCAUCGUCCCUAACCUGUCACCUGUGAGCCUUUUUCUCUUACACCACACUCAUUUGAACCUUGCUGCUGAAGUUCAGUGUUGAGUGACAGAUCUCUUCCUCCUUAUCCUGUCCCAGUCUGGGGAUUCUCAGGGAGCAUCCGAAGAAACCAGACUUUAGAAACGCACUUUUUGAGGCCCUAAUGCCUCAUGCUACCUUCUUCCCUUCUGAAAGCUCACAAGCCUUGGAACGAGGGGACUCUUUUAGGAUCUAUUAUCUGGCGACAUUUAAGAAUAUCUCUGUGCUGGGAUCUAAUCCAGGCCACUGCAGCGCCGAGCUCUACCCCAGCCACAAGGGUCUGUGUAACUUUAAUCCCCCUCCCUUCUUUGUCCUGCUGGGGAGCUCCUGCUAGGAAUAUAUGGUCCAUAUAUUCUGAGCAAAGCAUAUUUGCUGUAGUGUUUUCUGGGCUAAGCACUGGUUCCUGCUGAGAAGUUUAUGGAUGGAGAGGAAGUACGUUUUCUUGCAAGCGUAAGCUCUUGUUGAAUUUAAAGUGUCUGAGACCUUGUUUUUCAGACCCAGCAUGUAGCUGAAUAUGACCUCGAACCUCUCGCUUCCACCUCCCAAGUGCUGGGAUCACAGGCCUGUGGCACCACACCUGUUAUCUGCAGAACUGGGGGAUUGAACCCAGGGCUUCAUACGUGCUGGGCAAGCACUUCAUCUGAGCUACAUUCCCAACCCCCAGAUGGUUGCAGCCUUGAUGGGGAAGGUUGUCGUUACAUUUAAAUCUCCCUGAAAGCAAACACAAAACAGCACCUAAGCUCCAAAUCCCCUUAUUCCCAGCAUGCUCGAGGCCCGAUUUUGAUCCCUUAGCAGCACACAAGAAAAGAUUCUGUUGUGUGUGGUGGCACACACCUGCGGUGUCAACACUCAGGAGGCAGAGAGAAAUUUGAAGCCAACCUGGUCUACACUCCAUGCUCUAGGACAGCUGGGGCUACAUAGUGAGACCCUGCCUACAAACAAACAGAGAACAAAACCCAAACAAAGGAACAAACACUGUGCAAGUUAUUUUUUUCUGUAACAGCCUUACAAUGUAAAUUACGAAAGGAAUAGUUCAGAACUAUAUAAUCUAAAGUAAAGCUAGUAAUACCUUAAUUCUUUUUAUCUUCAAUACCCACAAUCUCAUAGCCUCCUGGGGACUCCGGCUUCUCCUAUUCAUUGCUCCCCGAAGAGCAGCUCCGCCUACUAUUCUGCAUAGAAUCCAGUUGAUUGCCUAUAUUUUAUAUCAACUCCCUCCCAAAUGGCUUAAGUGAUUUUUUUUUACCCUUGUUAUCCUUGUUCUUUUACUAAUAUAUAUUUUAAAUAUUUGCCUUUUAAGUCUUAUGGGUAUUUGUGUGUACCUGUGUAUGUGUAUGCACAUGUACGUGUAGGUGUCUGAGAAGGUUAAAAGGGGACAGUGGAUUCCCUGGGGCUGGAAUUCCAGGCAGUUGUGAGCCAUCCAGUGUGGGAGCGGCGAAUCGGAUCCCAGUCCUGUACAGGAACAGCAGGUGCUCUUAGCGGCCUGACCUUCUCUCUAGCCCCUAUUGUAUAUUUUUGAUGCGACUUUGUCAUUAACAACUUAUAAAUGUGACCGGAUGUGCUCCAUUCUGUAUUGACAACAUGUUCUUUUGCAAAAUGUUAAUAGUUGUGUAUAGAAAUUCAUGUUAAAAACUUCAAUUGCUCUGUUCAAAAAUUUUGUGUGUAGGGUGUUUUGCCUGCAUCUGUGUCUGUGAGCCAUGGGCAUGCAGUGCCCUUAGAGACCAGAAGAGGGCAUAGGAUUCCCUGGGACUAGAAUCAAGGACAGUUGUGAACUGUCACAUAAGUACCGGGAAUCGAACCUUGGUCUUCUGGAAGAGCAGCCAGUGCUCUUAACCACUGACCAUCCCCUACCCCUCAUUAGUUUUGAGACUGUAAAGAAAUGUUCCUCAAGAGCUUGCCCUUCCUAUCCCUUCCUAGAGACAAUUAGCAAAUAUUCCUUGUUCUCGACUCACUAAGGGUAGAUCCCAGUUUACAAGGACUAACAUUGUUCCCCACCCCAGGCAUUUCACUUGAAUGGGCCACACAGCUUUAAGAAAGGUAUUUACCUGUUUACUUUGUAUGUGUCUAGUGUUUUGCCACGUGGCUGGUGCCUGAGGGCAGAAGAGGGCAUCAGAUCCCCUGGGACUGGGGUUGCAGUCAGUCAUGAACCACCAAGUAGGUGAAGGGAAUUGAACCCAGGUGAUCUUGAGAGCAGCUGGCACUCAUAAACACUGAGCCAUCGCCUGAGCCACACAGUUUUAAGCAUAGUAACUCAAGAUGCUUUUUCUCCAGUGCUUAAACUGCUCUGUGGCAAUGAAGAAUGUGGUUUUGUAGGAGGCAGAAUUUUACCUAAACAUUUGCCUUAGAUUUUGCCACCCAGCAGGGCCCACAUUCCCAGACUACGUGUGAAACAGGUAACCAGCCAUGGCCUCCGGCUCCCGCUUCCAGGCUGGGCGGCUCUAGCUUAGCUAUCUUGACAAAAUGCCUGAGGUAGCUAAAAAGACAAAG